AGCAUGGAGGCUCUGGCUCUCGGGAUCUAACAUCAAGCAGCGGGGGGCAAAGACACCGCCGCAUGCGCUCUACCUUUCGCCUAAACGCCCAGGACGGAGGCGGGGAAGCGGCGAACGCUUCGCCCGGUGGAUUUAACUCGUUUUUCUGCGGAAGGGAGGAUUGUAGUCGGCGCUAAGAGCGGGGCAGUCCGCCGUGCCGAGCAUGAAGCGGACGGCUGGAGUGGCCAGGCACAAUGGCCUCGUCUCUCCGCUGGGGAACAACAACUCCGGAGCUUCGAGCAUCGUAUCACCGCACAGAGCCGCUAGCAUCCCCGCUUCUGCCGACAGCGGUGCCGGCGGUGGGAUGGACGGCCUGGUGGAUUUCUCCAAAGGCCUCGUCGUCAAAACCGAACUGGUGUGCAAAUGGAUUGACCGAACUUCUUCGAGACAGAGGCUCGGGCGGACGGCGACGUCCGUCUGCGACCAAACUUUCAGCUCCAUGCACGAGCUGGUGGACCACGUCACCACCGAGCAUGUAGCCACGGGGCUGGAGAGCCUCAGUCACGUCUGCAUGUGGGACGAGUGCCUGCGCGGCGGGAAGGCGUUCAAAGCCAAAUACAAACUCAUCAACCACAUCCGCGUGCACACCGGAGAGAAGCCGUUUUCAUGCGCGUUUCCCAACUGCGGCAAGAUGUUCGCACGCUCCGAGAACCUCAAGAUCCACACGCGCACGCACACUGGUGAGAAGCCAUUCCAGUGUGAGUUUUGCGAGCGACGCUUCGCCAACAGCAGCGACCGGAAGAAGCACUCACAGGUCCACACCGCGUCUAAGCCCUACGACUGCAAGGCGCUUGGUUGCACCAAGUCCUACACCCACCCCAGUUCCCUGCGCAAACACAUGAAGGUUCACGUCAAGAUGUCACCUACCUCUGAACCCCAGGACCCAUAUGACUCCAUCCCUCAUCAACUACAACAACCUCAUCAGGCUCUCCUCGAGCCCCUCAACCUUAAAAUGAACCGUCUCUCUCCAUCACUUGCCAACAGAAAUGCAGAAUUUCCACUUCUGACUAAUCACGAACUGGGUAUUAGCUCAGCCAGCGAUGUGGACCAUAAGCUGCUGCUGCGAAGUUCGUCCCCAAUGGCAAUGCCACUGGAUCUGUCUUUGUCGGGCCUGAAAAAUCAGCUGGCCCAGAAGCAGCAGAGUGGAAGGACCCCACGUAGGAGCCAGCGCUCAGUCAACCCAGCCUUACCUCAGUUGUCUAACAUUAAAGAGUGGUAUGUCUGUACCAGGACUACAGCACCACACUUUCCUCUACUUCACCCAGACCACAUCAAAUCAGAACCUAGUGAUGACGAGGAGUACGUCACGUAGGAUGGAGGGACUGGUGAAACUGAAGGUUCACAACAGACCUCAUACGUUCACAGACCAAGGUCAGGUCAAAUGAUGCUCUGUGGAAUCAUAGUUUCUGUUAUUUUCUAGAACCAGUAGUUGUAUGGUUCAGCAUCAGUGGCACUUCUGCAGGAGGGUGUGAUCCGAAGGAUUGCUGUUCCCCCGUUUCAGAUACAGAACUCGGCUCAGACAUCGUCACCAUCUGUGGACCAAAGGGAAUGGCUCAGAAAUGCUGCAAGGGACAAGAAGAAUUCUAUCACUAUGAUUAUCAAAUUAAACGUCUGAAAAAUAA